CCCUACGGCGUCAUGGCGGAGGCCGGUUGUCGGAAGACCCUGGUUUGAAAUGCCAGUUUUCUAUAAUCGCAGUUGACCAACGAGGACUAGACUUUGCUUGCAUCUAACUCGGGAAAGGGGAUUUACUUGAGGGGGAGGAAAACCACCAGUGCACCGGUUCUGCUGAACUGAAUCGUUCGGCGGCUGCUCUCCCUAACUGGGAGAUAGCUAGCUAGCUAGCCUAAGGUAGCCUUAGCUAUCGCAGCAGCUAGCUCGCUAGUCAAAUAAAAGAAGAAAGGACCUCUGAAGUGGGAAGUCGGAUUUAAACAACAAUUCUAUUGGAGUUUGCCAGGUUAACCACGUGGAGCAUAGUACGACAGGUUGUCAGGGGGAAGUCUACACCUUGGGCUUCAACAUGGCUGGACGCAGUGAGGAGGAAAGUGUAAGCAACAGUGGUGGAGAAUCAAGUAAUUCUGAUGAUGAAUCCGGUUCUGGAUCGGGCUCAGCGUCAGGGUCCGCCUCAGGGUCCAGUUCCAGCUCCUCCAGCAGCAGCAGCCAAUCAGGGAGCAGUGACUCAGGAAGUGGCUCAGACUCUGGCAGCGGGUCAGAUUCUGACACAGAGAAAGCCAAGGAAAAGAUCGAACCGCCAAAUAAGUCAAACAUCGACGGAGCUGAGUUCUGGAAAUCCAACCCAAGUAUCCUAGCAGUGCAAAGAUCUGCUAUGCUCAGGAAACAGCAGCUUCAGCAACAGCAACAACAGCAGCAGCAGCAGCAGCAACAGCAGAGACAAAGCUCCUCAAACAGUGGAUCUGAUGAGGACUCGUCAAGUAGCGAUGGAUCCGACUCAUCGAGUGGAUCCAAAAGGAGAAGAAAUUCAGGCUCCUCUGGGUCCGGAUCAGGCUCUGGAUCUGGGAGUGGUUCAGGAUCAGACUCAUCCGCCGAGGAGAAGAGUGAAGAGACGGCAUCAGACUAUGAGCCGAGUCACAAAAUCAAAAGCAGAAAGCCCCCGACAAAGAUGAAUUAUCGGAACGGGAAGAAGAGCAGUAACCAGAAGAAGAAGAAGUCCCAGAAUCAUUCUUCUUCUGACGACGAGGACGACGAGUACAAGAAGGCGGCGUCGGCGGGGCCACGGCGGCAGGCCACGGUCAACGUCAGCUACAAGGAGGACGACGACCUGAAGACGGAUUCCGACGACCUGGUGGAGGUUCUCGGUGAAGAUGUCCCGCAGCCUGAGGAGGACGAGUUUGAGACGCUGGAGAGAGUAAUGGAAUGCAGGAUAGGGAGGAAAAGAGCAACGGGAAGUGUCACCACUGUGUACGCCAUAGAAGCAGACGGGGACCCCAACGCCAACUACAAUCCCAACAAAGAGCCCGGUGACGUCCAGUAUCUGAUAAAGUGGAAGAACUGGGCGCACAUCCACAACACCUGGGAGACGGAGGAGACGCUCAAGUUACAGAACGUCAAGGGCAUGAAGAAACUGGACAACUUCAAGAAGAAGGACGCGGAGAAGAAGAGAUGGUUAAAGGCGGCGUCACCGGAGGAUAUCGAGUAUUUCAACUGUCAGGAAGAGUUAAUGGACGACUUGCACUCUCAGUACCAGAUUGUGGAGCGAAUCAUAGGUAUGCUCUCCACAUCACAUGUUCCUCUGAAUACUUUCAAUGCUUUCCUUGGUUUCCUGCCACUAAAUGCAUCUCUCUGUGCAGGACAUUCAAACCAGAAGUCAGCAGCGGGUUACCCAGACUACCUGUGCAAGUGGCAGGGUCUUCCAUAUUCGGAGUGCAGCUGGGAGGACGGCGCUCUGAUCGGCAAGAAGUUCCAGAAGUGCAUCGACAACUACAUGAGCAGAAACCAGUCCAAGAACAUUCCUUUCAGAGACUGCAAGGUGCUCAAACAGAGACCCAGGUUUGUGCCGAUGAAGAAGCAGCCAACGUACAUAGGGGGUGAAGGACUGGAGCUCCGAGACUACCAGCUGGACAGUUUGAACUGGAUGGCCCACUCGUGGUGCAAAGGCCACAGUUGCAUUCUUGCGGAUGAGAUGGGUUUAGGGAAGACCAUCCAGACAAUCUCCUUCCUCAAUUACCUGUUCAACGAGCACCAGCUGUACGGACCCUUCCUGUUGGUUGUGCCUCUCUCCACGCUCACCUCCUGGCAGAGAGAGAUCCAGCUUUGGGCCCCUCAUUUGAACUUUGUCGUCUACCUGGGAGACAUCAGCAGCAGGAACAUGAUCAGGACACACGAGUGGAUGCAUGUUCAUAACAAGAGGCUAAAGUUUAACAUCCUUCUCACAACGUACGAGAUUCUCCUCAAAGACAAGUCGUUUCUGGGCGCCGUCAGCUGGGCCUUCAUCGGCGUGGACGAGGCGCAUCGACUGAAGAACGACGACUCCCUCCUGUACAAGACCAUGAUGGAGUUCAAGUCCAAUCACAGGCUUCUGAUCACGGGAACGCCGCUGCAGAACUCCCUGAAGGAGCUGUGGUCCCUGCUGCACUUCAUCAUGCCAGAGAAGUUUCACUCCUGGGAGCUGUUUGAGGAGGCGCACGGUAAAGGCAGGGACUCGGGCUACGCCAGUCUGCACAAAGAGCUGGAACCUUUUCUACUGCGGAGAGUCAAGAAGGACGUGGAGAAAUCUCUCCCUGCCAAAGUGGAGCAGAUCCUCCGAGUGGAGAUGAGCGCCAUCCAGAAACAGUAUUACAAGUGGAUCCUGACCAGGAACUACAAGGCUCUGAGUAAAGGUACUAAAGGCAGCACGUCGGGCUUCCUGAACGUCAUGAUGGAGCUAAAGAAGUGUUGCAACCACUGCUACCUUAUCAAGACCCCUGACGAAAUCGAGUUCCUCAACAGAGCGGAAGCCUUACAGCAACUGAUCCGCAGCAGUGGGAAGCUGGUGCUGCUGGACAAGCUGCUGGUGCGUCUGAAGGACAGAGGCCACCGGGUCCUGAUCUUCUCCCAGAUGGUUCGGAUGCUGGAUAUCCUGGCUGAAUACCUGAAGAGCCGACAGUUCCUCUUUCAGAGAUUAGACGGCUCCAUCAAAGGGGAGAUGAGGAAGCAGGCGUUGGAUCACUUCAACGCCGAGGGCUCGGAGGAUUUCUGCUUCUUGUUGUCAACGCGUGCCGGGGGUCUGGGUAUCAAUCUGGCAUCCGCAGACACAGUCGUCAUCUUUGACUCCGACUGGAACCCCCAGAACGACCUGCAGGCUCAGGCCCGAGCACACAGGAUCGGGCAGAAGAGACAGGUGAAUAUCUACCGUCUGGUGACGAAAAGCUCGGUAGAGGAGGAGAUCAUCGAGAGGGCGAAGAAGAAAAUGGUGCUGGAUCACCUGGUGAUUCAGAGGAUGGACACGACGGGGAAAACCGUCCUCCAUACGGGAUCUGCUCCCUCCAGUUCUGCCCCGUUCAACAAGGAGGAGCUGUCCUCCAUCCUGAAGUUCGGGGCUGAGGAGCUGUUCAAAGAGCCAGAGGGCGAGGAGCAGGAGCCUCAGGAAAUGGACAUCGAUGAGAUCCUGAAAAGAGCCGAGACCCGGGAGAACGACCCCGGCCCCUCCACAGUGGGGGAGGAACUGCUGUCUCAGUUCAAGGUGGCCAACUUCUCCAUGAUGGACGAAGAGGAUCUGGACAUGGACUCGGAGCGCAGUCAGAGGAGCUGGGACGAUAUCAUUCCCGAGGAGCAGAGGAGGCGGAUGGAGGAGGAGGAGAGGCAGAAGGAGCUGGAGGAGAUCUACCUGCUGCCCCGAAUGAGGAAUUGUGCCAAACAGACAAGCUUUAACGCCAGCUCGGGUCGGCAGAGCAGGAACAGGCGGUACUCGGGCUCCGACAGCGACUCCCCCUCGGACCGGAAGAGGCCAAAGAAGCGGGGGCGGCCUCGGACUAUACCAAGAGAGAACAUCAAGGGCUUCAGUGACGCUGAGAUCCGGAGGUUUGUCAAGAGCUACAAAAAAUUUGGAGGACCGCUGGAAAGGUUGGAUGCUAUCGCUCGUGAUGCAGAGCUCGUGGAUAAGUCCGAGCACGACCUGAAGCGCCUGGCGGAGACGGUGCACAACGGCUGUGUGAGAACACUACGAGAAAACCCCUGCGGACCGGAGAAGAGCUCAGGAGGCAGGAGAGGGAAGGUAAAGGGCCCGACCUUCAGGAUCUCUGGGGUCCAGGUGAAUGCAAAGCUGGUCAUCUCCCAUGAGGAAGAGCUGGCUCCGCUCCACAAGGCCAUUCCUGCUGACCCAGAGGAGAGGAAGAAGUAUAUGAUUCCAUGCCACUCGAAGGCAGCACACUUUGAUAUCGAGUGGGGGAAGGAGGACGACUCCAGCCUCCUGAUAGGAAUAUAUGAGUACGGUUACGGCAGCUGGGAGAUGAUAAAGAUGGACCCGGACCUCAACCUCACACACAAGCUCCUACCUGACGACCCUGACAAGAAGCCACAAGCAAAACAGUUGCAGACCAGAGCUGACUACCUCAUCAAGUUGCUAAGCAAGGACCUGGCCAAGAAGGAAGCACAGAAGCAGGCAGGGACGGCCAACUCACGGAAGAGGAAACCGAGAAGUAAGAAGAGCAAAACCCAGAAGCCAAUUAAGACCGAAGAGGUGCCGAAGAGCACGUCCUCGGACCCCCCGUCGGACAAGAGGUCGGACGACGAGGACGAGAUCGAGGAGGAAAAGGAAGUGACACCGGUGAAGACGCCAAGCCGACGGGCCCGAGCAGACCGGACGGUGCUGAAGGAGGAGGAGGACGACGAGGAGGAAGAGGAGGAGGAGGAGGAGGAGGAUGAAGAUGAGGAGCCCGAGCAGGAAGAGGUGUCUUCGUCGGGGGAGACGGAGAUUAAAGAAAAGGAGAUCAAAAAAGAAAGCAAAAAGGAGAAGAAGGAGGACAGCUGGGACACACAAGCAAAGGAGCCAAAGGAGAAGAAGGAGCCAAAGCCUCUGGAGGCGGUGUAUAAAGAGGAGAGCCUGGAGAAGAACGAAGUGAAGACUAAGAAAGCCGGGGACGUGCCGGUCGACAUAACAGUGAGUGGAGAAACUGGGCCGGUGUCUGAGGAGUCCGAGGAGCUGGACCAGAGGACCUUCAGUGUGUGUAAGGAGAGGAUGCGGCCGGUGAAAGCAGCGCUGAAGCAGCUGGACCGACCGGAGAAAGGGCUGUCGGAGCGCGAGCAGCUGGAACACACGAGACAGUGCCUCAUCAAGAUCGGUGACCACAUCACCGAGUGUCUGAAGGAGUACUCGAACCCUGAGCAGAUCAAGCAGUGGAGAAAAAACCUGUGGAUAUUUGUUUCUAAAUUCACGGAGUUUGACGCCAGGAAACUACAUAAACUGUAUAAGCAUGCAAUCAAGAAGAGACAGGAGAAUGCCCAGGCAAUGGAGCAGAACACUAGAAAUGCAAACACACACGGCUACAAAAACACAGAUAUCGAACGGCUGAAGGACAACUCUCACCAGGACGACAGCAGCAGGGACAGCUACAGCUCGGACAGAUACCCGCCGUCGGGGCGACACCACGAGAGCAGCAGCAAGGACCGACACAGCUCCGAGCCGCACAGGAAGUCGUCGGGAGGGGAGUCCAGGAAAAGACCGUAUACCUCCUUCAGCAACGGCAAAGACCACAGAGACAGAGACCACUACAGACCGGACAGCAGGGACAGAGACCGAGACCGAGACAGGGACCGAGACCGACAGGACAGAUACUACAACGACAGCAAGCACAGGAAGCUGGACGAGUUCCGCUCCAGAGACCACCGGCUGGACAUGAAGGACCACUCCCACUCGGACCACCGCUCCUCCUACCGCUACCACUCGGACUGGCAGGCGGAGCAGCGGGCCUCGGCCAGCGGGCCCCGCUCCCCCCGGGACCAGCGCUCGCCCUACGACUCCCGCUCGCCCAUGGGACACCGCUCGCCCUUCGACUACUCGUCGGACCACAAGAGCACACCGGAGCAGAUCUGGAGCAGCCGCAAGACAUAACAGCAGCUGCCGGGUCUGCGUGUAGCAGCCAUAGACUCCGAACACAGCCAAUGCCUUACAGGGACUGUGGACUCGCGCUGCAGCUGCAGGGAGAAACACUGUGCGUCCGCGCCGCUGCAGCUGCAUCAUCUCUGGGAACGCCAGGCAGCAGAUUAAAAAAAAAAGAAGAUAUUUUUGUAUUAAAGAGUUUAGAGCUGCGGCUCGACAGCGCGCGGCGGUUUUUGUUAUUUUUAUAAACUUUUCUUAACUCUGGAAACUGACACAAUUGACCCUGAGAGCUGCCUCAUAUUCCCAACCAAUGACACUGGAUCCUGUUGAAGACUGUUCUCUGUUCGUCUGUCCAUCUGGAUCAUGCUCAAUGUGAUUUAUCUACCUUAUUUAAGUGUUAACUCGACGACAAGUCACACGAAUCGCUUUACGAGUUCAUGUAAAGGGGUCCGGCUCGGGCUCCUGACGUACCUCAUGUUCAGCAUUUUUCAUUUUUCCUCAGCAGGUUUUUUCUUUUCCACCAGGCGUGAAUUAUUUAAUAACAUAUCUUUAGCUGUAAAAAAUAACCUGGAUUGGUUUUUUUUUGGGAGGUGUAUCAUGAUUUUUCUCUCUUCAGUAAUACUGUUGUACAUUUUUGUAAGAUAGUAAAUCAGUGGUCUUUUUUCCUCAGGCUUUUUUGGAUUUAUUAUGACUCUACUUUCCCCCCCAUCAACUCAGGCUUUUUUGUCGUUCUACGAGUGAGUUUCUGUAAAAUAGUUCUUUCAUGAUAAUGCUUUCAGAAUGUAACUUUUGGUAAAGGGAAAGGUCUUUAAUGACGCUCAGUUUUAUUCACUAAUGCUUAGUUCUCCUGCUCGGUAAGCUGGAAGACACUGACUAAAGAAAUCAGUGCUUGAGUCAGUAUUCUUUCCACUGUUAGAUCUUAAAUAAACUCGACUUUUUACACUUUUUAUUUCAUUCAGUUUACUUUUUCUACGUAGGCAAUAACGUCACUGUUUCUAUGCAGCCAAGUAUAUUUGUGGUGAACCACCCAACUGAAUGAAGUCACUGUUAUGGUUCACACUGUUGUACAUAGAUUUCCUCUAUAUUUCAAAUUGAAUUUACACUGAAAGUGCAUGAAUUUUUAUGAACUGUUUUAUAGUUGUUUAUGAAGCCAUUAAAAUCAAUCACUGUUCUCACUCGUA